AUGGUCCUGCCGUACGUUGUGGAUGCACAGACCUCGCUCUCUCCGGCAGAGCUGCAAGUACUGCGCGACCAGUAUGAUGCGGAAUCUUCCUCGGGGCACAUCACAACACAGACCAAGUUCAACUAUGCGUGGGCGCUGAUCAAGAGCCCGGCGAGGCAGCAGAUGUUGCAAGGUGUUGCCUUGCUUACCGAUAUAUACCGCUCAGACCCGCCGCGCCGAAGAGAGUGCCUCUAUUAUCUCUCGCUUGGGCACUACAAACUUGGCAACUUUGACGAGGCAAAGCGCUUCAAUGGGCUGCUGCUCGAGCGCGAGCCUGCCAACCUCCAGGCGCAGGGCUUGAACGAACUGAUCGAUAAAGGGAUUGCACGAGAAGGGUACAUUGGCAUGGCGUUGCUGGGCGGUGUUGCUACAGUUGCAGGUGUUUUAGCUACGGCGCUAAUGCGCCGUGGGCGGCGAUAG